AUGGAAAUUGACGGUGGAGAUUGUAUUCCCGGUGAACGCCCAAUCGUCCUGGUGACUAACGACGACGGCAUCGACGCUCCGGGCUUGCAAGCCCUCGUCCGCGUUCUCGUCGCAACAAACCUCUACGAGGUCUGGGUCUGCGCGCCGGACACGGAGAAAUCUGCCGUUAGCCACAGUAUAAUCUGGAGCCGACCGCUCUCCGCAAAGCGAGUCGAUAUCGCGGGAGCCACAGGUUAUGCUGUCUCCGGCACCCCGGCGGAUUGCACGGGACUGGGACUUUCGGAAGCGCUCUUCCCUUCUCGUCCUGACCUGGUUCUUAGUGGUAUCAACGUGGGAAGCAACUGCGGAUAUAACAUAGUUUAUUCCGGAACGGUGGCUGGGGCUCGUGAGGCCUUCCUUUAUGACGUAGCUUCCGCCUCAAUCUCCUACGACCACGAUUGGAAACGUAAACAGAUCGAUGCCAAUGAUUUUGUCCUUGCUGCACAAGCUUGCCUCCCAAUUGUCAACGGGCUUAUCAUUGCCGUGAAGAACAAGACGCAUCCCAAAAAUUGCUUCAUCAACAUUGACUUGCCCACUGAUGUAGCCAACCACAAGGGUUACAAGCUAACUACCCAAGGCAAAAGCUUGGGUAGAAUGGGAUGGAGGCAAGUGGAGGAGGAAGCACAAGGACCAAAGAUGUUGUCAACAAUGACAAUGGAAACAGAUUCAGGAGUUGUCUCAGAGAACGACACAUCUGCUCAUAAGUCACAAGAUAGCCGUCUGUUCAAGAGAGAGCUGAGGACUGUGGUGGUUGAAGAAGGGACUGAUUCUCACUUCCUACGAGAAGGAUUUAUUACAGUGACGCCGCUUGGAGCUCUCUCUCAUGUUGAUGUGGAUUGCCAAAACUACUACAAGGAGUGGCUUCCCAAGGUUACAAACCAGCCAUGUUCCUCAUCCUUGUGA